GGUUACUGUAUGGUGAAUAUUUGUUCGGAUGGAAUUUAAAACAAAACUUGUGAUCCGAUCUUGACUCCAGUCAUUUUGAGGUCAGCGCUUAAUAUUUUCCCGAUUUCGGGUUUCGGGCGAUGUUAUUGAAAGCGUGGUCACCAGCAGUAAUCCUUUUGUUACAUGAGCAGGAAGUGCCACAUGUCACAUGAGAUUACAAUUAUAAACAUCGAAAAUUGAUUUGUAAAGAAGACUGUUCUAAGAACUAUUUUCGAGUCUCUUAAAAUACCUCAAAGGUUGUUCAAGAAACGCGGAAAUUAUCCAUUUUUGACAAGAUCACGGAAAGGGGAAAUUUGGUGUAAGUUUUUGUAGUAUUUCCUGUUUUCGAGUGUGUUUUUGUUUGAUUACAAGAAGUAAUUUUUCAUAUUUACGCUACGUGUCUUUGUAGUAAAAGUCAGCGGCUAUAUAAAAAUUAAGAUGGAUGAGUUUAUAGGAUGCUGUAUGUAAAGGACACAUCUAGUAGAUAAACAUUUUAUGUCUUCUGUGUACAGAUUGUCUAUAAGGAAUGUUGAAAUUGUUCAUUUAAUUUGUAGUUGACUGGUAGUAGAACAAUUGUUGAAUCCUUUUGUAACAGGUUGUGAAAUCUUGUAUCUUCAAAAAUGCAUCCAUAUAGAUAUACAGUUUAGACCUUCAAGUGGCAGUGUGGCCUAUUUUUUUACUCUGGCAAACACCAGACAAGAACUUAUAAACACCAGACAGUUUUACUCGUCACAGAGCGAGUGCUGUCACUCAGAUGAUUGGGUUAAUUGGUGUCUGAUUUAAGCUUUGGUCAAACCAUAGCCUAUCGAAGGGAAGAUGGCUGUGAAACUCAUUAGAAUAAAAAGAUAACUUGUUAUCUAUGUUAGUGAACGUUUAUUCAUAAAUCUGGUCCUUCACCGCCACAUGUGCACUGUAUUUUUGCCAAAUGCACCAAUAGCAGUUUCCAAUUUACCCUAUUGUUUGAGUCAUGGAUAGGUUAUUUCCUAAAACAUUGCUAUUGGUUAGUUCGGCAAAAAUACAAUAUGUACGUGAUGGUGAAGACCAUAUUUAUGAAUAAACGUUGACUAACAUAGAUACUGCUAAUGAGUUAUUAUUUAUAUUGUUAUUCUAAUGAGUUUCACAGUCGCCCAUCUUCCCUUCGAUAGGCUAUGGUCAAAUGUCUCAUAUUUCUCAACUCUCAUGCCCGGUCAAAUUUGAACAGAGGAAGAUUGUGAAAUUAUAAUCAUUGUGUCACUGUUUAUCAUUACUGAGUUUUUGUUAAAAUUGCUCCCAGAAUGCAGGAAAAAUAGCGUUACCAAGCCUUAGAAUGUUAAACAUUUUCUGGGGGAGCAUGCCCCGAUGACUCAACUCGAUAAAUCUAAAUUCCUAGUUACGGGCCUGUGCACUGUAUGGUACAUCUUUGUCUCUUAACAAAUUAUGUUUGCUAUUAAGUGAUCCUUACUGCAUGUAUGUUGUGUUGUUCAUUAGAUAUAUUCAGAGGAGGAUGUCGUGUUACAAUUGUGGAAAUAAAGGCCAUAUAUCUCGAAACUGCACAGAACCUAAAAACCAGUCUAGAGGAGGUGGGUAAUUAUCAACAGGGACGUAGCAAUUAUAACUUUUACACUUCAGCGGAAAAAUUGUAAGGUAAUUUUGGUAAUUUUACACUUUACCGUACCGGAGUAUAAAAUCACUGAAUACAUACGACAUCAAAACACACGAUAAAAGAAUGGGAAAACUCGCCAUCAUCAAAUACUUGCGGUAGACAGGUACGGUAAACUGUAAAGUACCCGUAGUUUUCACUGCACCUAUCUGGCAGCCAUGUUCUUAGCAAGCAAGUGUCCAGCCCCUUACUAAGAACGUGGCAGACUCGAAAAAUCCCUUACGCUAAAUUAACCUGAGUUAGACCUCUGUAUGUAAUUACUCUUUAUAUGAGACUAGAAGUCAGAGAACCCAGUAGUUUUUAAUUUUCUUGAUUGAGAGCUUGACAUGAACAACUUUAUUACAAUUUUUUUAGGAUUUAAGUCGUGCUACAAAUGUGGUGAACCAGGCCAUAUUGCUAAAGAUUGCACAGAAGAAGAGGGUAAGAUCAUUUUCUCAACCAGUUAAUGUCUAACAAACUGCAGGCAGGUUCAGUUUCUGGUCAGGCAGGUUCUAUUCAAAUGUCAGGCAGAUUGUACAUAAAAUUAUGGGAUGUUUAUGGUACAAAACAUUUUGUAUUUGCUGGGCAAUUUCCAUCAACGUCGGGCAAAUCUUUGUAUUCUUUGUCCACCCCCUCAUUUUCCCUCCCAUUUGCAUAUGCUUUAACCCAUUAAGCUGCAAAGCUUCCCCAUUAACGAGUAAAAUUGUCUGGUGUUAGACAAGCAAACAAAAAAUAAGUAGGGUGCACUGGGGCGCAUUGUGGCUCAAUGGGUUAAACUGACAUUUAUUCAUCUAAUUUCUUAGCCAAGUGUUAUUCAUGCAAUGAGCCAGGCCAUAUUUCUCGUGAUUGUCCGAGUGGCAACUCUGACGCUGGUACCCAGUCGUCUUGCUAUCAAUGUGGAAGAAUUGGACACAUCAGGAACAAUUGCCCCGAGAAUACCAGUGAUGACAAUGCCGCAGAAAGAACCUCCAAUAAUAGAGGUAUUUGGUAAAUGUAGAAUCAUGAUAGUAAUUCCAUGGAGUAGUGAUGACAUUUUUGGAAAAAAAAAGUUGUCAAGAUUUUUCAAGAAUUUUGGAAACAAUUCUGAACUGAAAUAUUAAGGUGUACUUUAUAUAUAACAUGAGUCACGUAACAUGAGUCACAUGUAUUAUGUAGCAAUCCUUACUAUUGUAAUCCAAAAUAUAAAAUUUCUUUGUGUUGGUAGUUUGUCUAGCAUAUAGUCUGUUACUUGAUAGACAUUGUAUGUUUCUCCUUCCUAUGGUUCCUGAAGAAAUUCAAAAGUAGUAUACUGGUUACUGUGAAUCAAUAGCUCACCAUUAUUUGUACUGGAGGUGUGCACUGGAUCGGAUUGGACGUUUAUAAUCCGACAAUUGGCUAAUGUUUAAAAUCCGAUCUGAUCCGAAAUCAUCUAAUCUGAUCCGAACCAAGUUUUGACAAAGGAAUUCCGAUCCGUUCCAAAGAAUCCUUUAAUAAAAUAUAUUUCUCAUUCAAGUGGUAAUAUGUCACCAAAUAUUUCGAAUAUUGAAGUCCGAUCUGAUCCAACUACGAAACAACUUUAUCAAUCCGAUCCAAUCCAAAAUGAAUAUUUUUGUUCAGAAAUCAGAACAAAUCGGAUCGGAUUUGCACACCUCUAAUUUGUACCUGCAUGCAAAAAUGUGACAGGAAAAAAUAUAUUAGUUAUUACACCAGAUCAAAAUUACUCUGAUAGUUUGGUUCAGAAUGUAGUUGCCAUGGAAUUACCCAUACCAGAGUCACCAUGGAAUUACCCAUUAUCUGAUUAUCCAACAAAUAACAAACAACUUUUUUUGUCCUCAGGUACAUGCUACAACUGUGGCGGACGUGGACAUUUUGCGAGGGACUGCAGCAGUGCUAAAAAAGGUCAACUCCAGUCCUCCUGUUUCCGUUGUGGUACGCGCGGCCACCAGGCACGUGAUUGCCCCAAGGAUAAAGAUGUGUGCUAUGAUUGUGGCAAUCCAGGCCAUAUCCGAAAGGAUUGCCCGAAUUUACCCAGCCCCAAAUGUUACACCUGUGGCGAGGAGGGCCACUUAGCCAAAGAUUGCACUUCUGAGUGAUGGGAUUUAAGAUGGAAAAUUAUUGGUUGUCGAAAUUUGAAGACUUGUAUGAAAUGGGAAUUUUGAAGUUGUAACUGCAAUUCGUGAAAUGUGAGUUAGACAAGUGGAAUGAUUAUUAGAAUGUCAGAAUCGUACACAGUAGGGUUAGGGGAAGGUUAGGGAUUGUUAGGGAUAGGGUUGGGUGUGUGUGAAACACAAGGUUGUUACUUGUUACUGAAUGUAGAGAGAAUUUGUGAUUGGGUUCUGGCCGGAAGGGAUAUGGAAUUAGUAUUGUCGGUUUAGGUGCUAGAAUGGUAAAGGAAUUUGCUAGUGGUAUUAGUUAUGGCUAGUUUUAGUCUACAUGGGUUCCACCUGUUUAUAUGGCCAUUCUGCCCAGGCAGGGCUCAAAAUAACGGCCAGUCAACGGGCAUUGACAGGGCAAAGACUCUUGACCGGUCACUUUUUUACCUCGUUUAUCAUUUUGACUGGCCACAUUUUCAUGCCUUCCAAUGUUAUAGCUGAGGUCUUGAAUUAAAACAUGAAACUAUGAUUUAUCGAAACAAGUUUCUAAUAGUUUGUUUCACUGUUAGUGUAAGUGUAUCAGAUUUUGGCCGAGCUAAAAUCAAGUUGACCGAUUAUUUUGACCGGAGACCUAUCUCCCGUUAUUUUGAGCCCUGACAGGUGAAAUGAGGAUGAGACAAUCCUUAUCGACUAUUCAACUCUCAUCAACUUAAGCAACUUUCAUCAACUUUGAGCUGGUUCAAAUUUUGAUGAGAGUUGAUGAGAGGUUUUGCUAGUUUUAUCGAUAUUCUCUCAUCAACUCUCGCGCAACUCUUACGCCCGUAUUCUAAGAGCUCACUCACACUCAAUGAGUGGAGGUUCAAUCUGAGCUUCUCUUGAGAGUCAAUGCUGUUUUUGAACAGCUGGAGGCUUAGUGUCGUACCUUACUAUAUGACUACUAAUACUCCUGCUAUUCAAAAACAGCAUUGAUGCUCAAGAGAAGCUCAGAUUGAACCUCCACUCAUUGAGUGUGAGUGUGAGUGAGCUUUUAGAAUACGGGCGUUAUUCUCGUUUGACCGGGGCAUGAGAAUUGAAACUUCGAUAUUGUAAAAGCUGGGGUAAAGGCUUAUUUACACUAUCAAAGUUCCUGUGAUCACAACUUAGAAAUUUUGCAUUGAAGUAUUUGUAAGGCCUGUUUCAAACGUCGCGCUUCGAGAUCAUGUGCCGAACGCAUUAGAAACUAUAGAUACUGAGGCAUUUCAGCUGAUUAUCUACUGUUUUUAAUGCGUUCGCAGGCCUUAAAAUAUCUUUUACAGGGCCGUCUGACAAAAUGUCCGAUGACGUUGAGUUUGGGUCGCACAUAUGUCUGAUGACCUUCAGUUCAGUUUGGGUUGGAAAUAAGUCUGAAUGCAUGACGCAAAUUAAUAUCAGCAUAAUGUAUUCAUUCUGAACUAAAUGUUGUGAAGAUAUUAAAUAAUUUGUGCUAUUCAUACUUAUUUCCAAGCCAAAAUUAACUUGCUUGCCAAUGAUAGCAGUACGACUUCGAUAACUUUUAAGUUAAGGUCGGACAAACAAUAAACUUCAGUUUCACUUAGGUCGGACAGAAUGUCCGGUGGUUUCCUCUCUACGUCGGACAAUUUGAUGAAUGAGUCGGACAAUGUCCGUGACCGACCGAUAUUUUAAGGCCUGCUGCGUUCGGUACAUGAGAAGCGCGACGUUUGAAACAGGCCUAAGUAUCAGUUCCCUGACUCCGUGUUAAACAGUGCGUCAGUUCCCUCAAAGAUUUCUUACAAAUCCUUCAAAACUUAGAAUUUACCUCAUGCAAAAUUCCUAC